UUGGUCUAUCGAUCUAUAAAACGAUACUACUGGGAGAAUAGGUUCUUAUCAUCUCACUUUGUUCGAUCCUCCUCUAAAAACUCAUCUUUUGCUCCCAAAGACCCAAAGAGAUAUCUCUCAUGGCGAUGUCUUUCUCAGGAGCUGUUCUCACUGGCAUGGGUUCUUCUUUCCACAGUGGAGCCAAGCAAAGCGGCAUUAGUUCUGUCGGAGUAAUUAGCCGAAAGACUCAGUUCGUCGUCGUCGCUCAGCGCAAGAAGCCUUUGGUCUACGCCGCUAAAGGCGAUGGCAACAUCCUUGAUGACCUCAACGAGGCCACAAAGAAAGCUUCAGAUUUCGUGACUGACAAGACAAAGGAAGCGUUGGCAGAUGGUGAGAAAGCAAAAGACUACGUUGUUGAGAAAACGAGUGAAAACACAGAUACAUUGACUAAAGAAGCUGAGAAAGCUGCGGCGUAUGUGGAGGAAAAAGGAAAAGAAGGAGCAAACAACGCGGCUGAGUUCGCUGAGGGUAAAGCAGGAGAUGCUAAGGAUGCCACAAAGUAGGGUCUUAAUCAAUUAAUUCAAACACCUAAACUCGUAGAGAUAUAUGGAUCCAUCUUCUCUAUCUCUCUUCAUGUUUAAUAUUUUACAAUAAGAUCAGUCUGUUGUAAUUUUUCUAUUAAUUUCACAUCAACCCUAGAAAUAAGACAUGGCUCGCAGUUAAAAAAUUGUCUUUCAACGAGCUAGUUCUAGGAUGAGCAUCGAUACGCUCGUACGUCUCUUUUGUAACGAACAUAUAUAAUGGUAUGGCAUUAGCCCAUUCCAAGCAAAGAUAUUUAGAA